CCURAUGGGACCUGUUUUUUGAUAAACUGGUUAUAAAUCUACCAGUUCUUCACUUACAGUAACAUGCAAUGAACUGUUAUGGCUGAUGGRAACGYCAAACGGCCUGUUCUACACGUUGUUGUUGUUGGAUUUCAUCAUCAACGUGGCUCAGAGGUUGAAUACUCCUUUCCACCAUUAAUUGAARGAGAGAAAUGCUGGAGUAAAGCUCUCCCUGUAGAAUGGAAAGCUCUACCUUAUAUGGCAUUACCAGAUGGAGCUCAUAAUUACGAUUCAGAAAGUGCAUAUUUCCAUCUACCAAGCCGCGAUAUUGGUAACCAUGGUAUUCAUAAACAGUCAACGCUAUUUGUUGUUUCCUGUUAUAGGCAAAUCCAGUCAAAGGAAUUAAAAAUAAAGCAUAAAGAUAUAACAAGGGACACYGUUCAAAAAAGUGUCUGUCUCAUUUCUCAACUGCCUUUAUAUGGUUAUCUCCAAACAAAGCUGGAAGUUGCAACAAAAGUUUAUUUUGAUGAGAGAGAUUUCUCUCAAGUCAGUAUAUUGCAAGAUUUAUAUAAUAACCUCAAUAGCUCAUUAACACCAGAAAUAAUGACAGAAUCUCUUCUUCAUGUAGGUCUGUCUCCAUCAGAAUUGGUUAGAAAGUUUAGACAAAGAAUUUUAGUCUUAUUUAAAUUGCUACUUCUUGAAAAGAAAGUACUAUUUUUUGGUUAUCCUGUAAUGUCUGUUUGUUCACUGGUUUUGUCCUUAGUUUCUUUAAUCCCAAGGAUUCUUGAAAAUGGUUUAGAAUAUGCUUCACUCACAGAAGAUGGCAGCUUUUAUGAACAAGACUCUGACCCUUUGUAUCCUGCUCAUUUGAAUGAAAGUCAAUUAAAUACAGAUCAGUUUGGCCUUCCACUGGCAAUCUUUACCAAAAAUUCAAUUCUCCAUCCAUAUCUUUGCUUACAACAAAUGGAUGCCAUUAAAAGCCCUAAAGUGGACAGUUUUAUUAUUGGUGCAUCWAAUGCUUUGUAUCAACAUCAAAGACAGCUGUAUGAUGUCAUCAUUGACCUGGARACCAGUAAUAUUGAUAUAUUGGAUCAACAACUCAAAGAGGAUCUUUCUCUAUCAUUGGCCGAUCUAAGGUUUACAGAUUAUAUAGUACAGCAUGUAGAAGGCCAUGAAGGAAACGAAGAGAGUGAAACAGGAUGGGAUGGAAGUGAAGAGUGGAUAAGGGCGCAGUUCAGAGUUUACAUUUUAUCUCUCUUAGCAACGGUUGAACAUUCAGACCUGGGUGACAUGGAGAACUUUAAUAGCAGCUUUUUGUCUUCGUGGAGGAAGACACACAAUUAUUCGAUAUGGAGUAGCCAAAAGCAUGUCGGGAUUGACGAGCUUCGUUCUGGGCAUCCAUUCCAAGGUCAAGUUGGGCUGAAUGAUCUUAAAAUUAGACUCACUUAUGCAUAUCAAGAUGUCGCAGCAAAGAGCAUGCAGACAGAACAAGGACGUAAAAUAGGACAAGCAGUCGCUCAGACCAGCAAGGCAGUUGGUGGUGCAUUCAAUUCGGCCAGGUCUUACGUUUCUUCAUGGCUUGCGGAGUUUGCUCGGGAAAARCCUCAAUUGGAAGAACCAUCCGUUUUCGACAAUGAAGUCAAUCAAAACACCAAUGCAUGCGACAAAAAUGAUCAGUCACGUGAUAUAGAAGACUCCGGCACGUGAUAUAAAGAGAAGACUAAUUUAUGAGCGUUUCUCUGUAUUCGCCAUAGGGCGAUAGAGGACGUAUUUAAAUUAUGRCGGAUAUGGUACGGUUUUAUUUAAAUUUCUUGUGUGCCACAGCAAAUCACGUGACAAAACUUGAAAUACAGCUUACGACAUAAACCGGAAGUAACUCUUAGGGAUUAAAAAUGUAAUCUUGAGAAAAUGUCCUUUUAUUACAGACAAGCAAUUUUUCUGUGCACUGCAGCCACCAUCAAAGUAAGGUGGGAAAAGUGAUAGACCUCUGAACCUUUUACAUCGCUACUUUUAAGUUUUAAAAAUUUUAAGGCAUUGUGGGAUUAGUUUCCAGAAAACAAAGGAAUUCCGCCAUGUUUUGUCCCAAACAUAUCCUACAAUGCAUUGCUUAUGCGGUAUAUGACGUAAAGGCUUCGAGAUCUAUUGGAARUGUUACUCCCUUUUCGUAUUUCUAAAAAAUGGCGCCGCUAAAGAUCAUUUGCUAAAUCAAUGCAUGAUGGUCCUAGUUUUUGGAGAUAUUUCAGUGGACACAAAAAGGAGUCCUAUAUAUACUUUUUGUCGAGUUUGCUAUGCUGUAUAUUGCCAAAAAUCUGGAGAAUGGAAUACAAAAAAUKUCUUGGUAAUAGGUUUGCUAGGAAAUAUUCUAGUAAUAAAAUAAUCAUCAACAUUGCCUCAGUUUCUCUCAUGUAACGAGGACCACGAUCCCACCCUGGGAUCAGGAAAAAGUGGUCGCUUACGAGAGAUGGUCGCUUACGAGAGUUUUUCUACAGAGUUUAUAUGGGAAACAAUUAUAACGGGAAAUUUAAAAGGUGGUCACAUACAGGGUAUGGUUGCUUAUGAGAGUGGUCGUUCAGAGAGAGUCAACUGUAGUUCUCUUUUUUGUUGAGGU